CCCCCACCACUUUUUUUUUUUUCUUUUUUUUUUUUCUCUUGCUGCCUGAUCAUCUCCUGCGUGGAAAUGCAGCCUGCAUGCACCUUCUACUGGAAUGCUCCUUUUCAGAAGUGAAGUGAUGGGAAUAAUAAUCAGUGGACAGCGACACAGGUGGAAACACGGCAACGUGUCCGCCGCGGCGAGUCCGAAUAGCGGCGAGGCUCUUUGAAGGUGACGUUGCUGGAGAUUUGGCAGAACCCGUUGGAGAAGCAGCUUGUAGAAGCAUCCAGGAGGAUGAGGAUCAAGUACGGCAUACCCGUCGUCUUCUUCCUGGCGCUUGUGAUCAUUGAGAAGGAGAGCAACAUCAUCUCCAGGGUCUCGGAUAAGCUGGCGUCCAAGCAGACCCCCCAGACUCCGAUACAACCAGGGGGCUUGCCCAGCGCGGCAAGAAAGCACAAUGCUUCCGUGGCCUCGGCCUUCAGGCUGAUGAAGUGGCGCCUGGAAAACUUCAACGACUAUCAGGCGGCGAAUGGCAGGAAGCACAUCCUCCUUUUAGCCACCACCAGGACGGGCUCCUCUUUCGUGGGCGAGUUUUUCAACCAGGAGGGCGACAACAUGUUCUACCUGUACGAGCCGCUGUGGCACGUGGAGAAGAUGCUGACGCUUGCGACGGGCGGCACCAACGCCACGGCCGUCGCCAAGGCGUACCCCGAGGUGCUAAGACAGCUCUUCCAGUGUGACUUCUCCCUGCUUGAGAGCUUCAUUGACCCCCUCCCCACAGAUCACAUUACCGCCUCGCUGUUCCGUAGGGAGUCCAGCAGCUCCCUGUGCGAGGAGGCGGUCUGCAGCCCCUUUGUAAAAGGGGUCUUUGAGCGCUAUCAUUGCAGGAGCAGGCGCUGUGGGCCCCUCAACCUGACCUUGGCGUCAGAGUCCUGCCUCCACAAGGAGCAUAGAGCCAUUAAGUCAGUGAGGGUGCGCCAGCUGGAAAUCCUCCGCCCCCUCGUGGAGGACCCGCGUUUGGACGUGAAAUUCAUCCAUCUGGUUCGGGAUCCCCGCGCCGUGCUCGCCUCCCGCAUGGUGGCCUUUGCUGCCAAAUACAAGAACUGGAAGCAGUGGGCCACGGACGGCGACGUGCCCCUCGACGACAACGAGGUUAAGAAGCUGAAGAGCAACUGCGACACCAUCAGAAUGUCGGCCCAGGCGGGCCUGAGGCGGCCGGCGUGGCUGCGCGGGCGCUACAUGCUGGUGCGCUACGAGGACAUCGCCCGCUUCCCCAUGAGGAAGGCCGGCGAGAUGUACAAGUUCGCCGGGAUCCCCUUCACGCCGCAGGUUAAGGCGUGGGUCCUGAAAAACACGCGGGCCUCCAAGGAGAGGAGCGGCCUCUACUCCACGCAGAAGAACUCCUCCGAGCAGGUGGAGAAGUGGAGGUUCACGCUGCCCUUCAAAAUAGCACAAGUGGUGCAAGAAGUCUGCGGUCCUACGCUGAAGCUUUUCGGCUACAAAUUGGUCUCAAGCGAGGAGAUGCUAACGGACAAGUCCAUAAGUUUAAUCGAAGAUAAAGUUUUUGACUUUUUAUAGACCCUCAGAGCAGGGAUAUUUAACUAGACUAUUUUGGGGGGGAAGAAGCAGCUGAACCGGAAGGCAAAGCUCUCAAUUUACCGGUCGAUCUAUGUUCCCAUCCUUACCUAUGAUCAUGAGCUUUGGGUUAUGACCAAAAGGACAAGAUCACGGGUACAAGCGGCCGAAAUGAGUUUCC